AUGUUGUCAGCAAGAAGCGAUCCCGACUUUGAAGGUUUUACUCUUGAUGAUAUAGAAAAUAUAAAUGAAAACAAGAGUAUUUUGUCAUCGAACGGAUCUGAUAUCGAUAUUAGUGAUUAUUCGUCAGACAAGGAAGAUUUUGAGAACAAAAGUGAUGAAAAUGAUAUCUAUUUACAUUUAACUGAUUCUGCUAAUGGCCCCAGCGAAAACGAACCAAACUGCGAUCCCCUGCACAAAGUACGUCCUGUAAUUGAUUUACUCUUUAAUAAUUAUAAAACUGUGUAUCUACCUGGGAAAAAUCUCAGUGUAGAUGAAGCCAUGAUAUGCUAUAAGGGCAGAGUACAUUUUCAGCAGUAUAUGCCUACCAAACCUACUAAAUUGGGAAUCAAGGUAUGGGAAGUUUGUGAAUCAGACACUGGAUAUUGUGUAAACUUUGAUGUUUACACAGUGGCUUUGGCAGAAAAUCUUGCUCAU